AUGGGAUCAACCUCUCCCUGCGUGGACUCUGUCAGGCACAUUCCUCUGUAUUACGACAGCUCCGACUCCUACAACUCGGCCCUGAAGCUCAUACUCACGCUACGUCCAGAAUGGAGCAAGACAACCGACACAAUCGAGUUUGUCAAAUUCACUGACGGCAUCACCAACACUUUGCUUCAAGCGCUCAAUAGAAUACCUGGCCUGUCAGAGGCCCAAGUCGAAGAAGACUCAAUCCUCCUGCGAGCCUACGGCCGAGGCACAGACGUCCUCAUUGACCGCGAGAAGGAAACCAGCUCUCAUUCGCUUCUCGCCCGCCAUGGCCUCGCACCCACCUUGUACGCCCGAUUCGAAAACGGUCUCCUCUACAAGUUCCUCAGAGGCAGCGUGUGCUCCCCGGAGCAUCUGCGCAGGCCUGAGGUAUGGCGGGGUGUAGCUCAGAGAUUGGGACAAUGGCAUGCAACUUUACCCAUAUCGAAUAUCAGCCAAGUGUCUGCCGUUCCAGCCCCAGACACUGUUCAGAAUAGAUGUGCAUCUGUCGAGGCUACGGACUCGUUAACGCCCGGCAAACCCAUUCCCAAUCUGUGGACAACAAUGCAAAAGUGGAUACUGGCUCUGCCCACAAGCACCAGCACAGAGACGAGCCGCCGCGAUGUGCUUCAGAGAGAAUUGGAGUGGCUGAUCCAGCAGCUGCUUGACACACCCGGCAUUGGCGGCUCGGAACCGUUCGUCUUCGCCCAUUGCGACCUCCUGAGCGGCAACGUCAUCAUCGAGCCGAGUCCCUCUUCCGCUUCUGCCUCUCGCCGCUCCAGUGCGUCCGAGGUCUCGGAAGAAGAAGGGCCGGUAGAAUCCGUGUCCUUCAUUGACUACGAGUACACGACACCCGCGCCAGCAGCCUUCGACAUCGCCAACCACUUCGCCGAAUGGGGCGGUUUUGACUGCGACUUCAGCGUCCUGCCCACUCGCUCCGUGCGGCGAGCCUUUUUGCGUGAAUACCUGCGCAGUUACAACUUGCACUCGAGCCGCGCAUACAAGGAGGCCGAGCUCGACGAGUUAUUUAGCCAAGUCGACAGAUUCCGCGGUGUUCCCGGCUUCUACUGGGGCAUUUGGGCUCUUAUCCAGGCCAAGAUAUCGCUCAUCGAUUUCGACUACGCAAACUACGCAGAGAUUCGCCUAGGGGAGUAUUGGGCUUGGAAACACGAGUACACCGGGGAGCGGAAGGCAAAAGGCUCAAAGCUGCCUUUACGAGAAGAACGUUGGGCACAGGAGUAG